ACUUUUUCCAGCUACUGCCGGGCGGGGAGGGGUCCAGGCCGAGCAAGCGGAGCGCCGAGCCCAGCUGAUGCAACCUGGCUGGACUCGCGUGACAGUUCCCGGUACGCGGCGGCGACGGUGACCCAGGAAGGGGCUCUGGUGCCGGGCUGAGCAGGGGAAGCAGGGGUAGCGGAGCCAUGGGGGACGCUCCCAGCCCUGAAGAGAAACUGCACCUUAUCACCCGGAACCUGCAGGAGGUUCUGGGGGAAGAUAAGCUGAAGGAGAUACUGAAGGAGCGGGAACUUAAAAUUUACUGGGGAACAGCAACCACGGGCAAACCACAUGUGGCUUACUUUGUGCCCAUGUCAAAGAUUGCGGACUUCUUGAAGGCAGGAUGUGAGGUAACAAUUCUGUUUGCGGACCUUCACGCAUACCUGGAUAACAUGAAAGCCCCGUGGGAACUUCUAGAACUCCGAGUCAGUUACUAUGAGAAUGUGAUCAAAGCAAUGCUGGAGAGCAUUGGUGUGCCCUUGGAGAAGCUCAAGUUCAUCAAAGGCACUGAUUACCAGCUCAGCAAAGAGUACACACUCGAUGUGUACAGACUCUCCUCCGUAGUCACACAGCACGAUUCCAAGAAGGCUGGAGCUGAGGUGGUAAAGCAAGUGGAGCACCCUUUGCUGAGUGGCCUCUUGUACCCCGGACUGCAGGCUUUGGAUGAAGAGUAUUUAAAAGUAGAUGCCCAAUUUGGAGGCGUUGAUCAGAGAAAGAUUUUCACCUUUGCAGAGAAGUACCUCCCUGCACUUGGCUAUUCAAAACGGGUCCAUCUGAUGAAUCCUAUGGUUCCAGGAUUAACAGGCAGCAAAAUGAGCUCUUCAGAAGAGGAGUCCAAGAUUGAUCUCCUUGAUCGGAAGGAGGAUGUGAAGAAAAAACUGAAGAAGGCCUUCUGUGAGCCAGGAAAUGUGGAGAACAAUGGGGUUCUGUCCUUCAUCAAGCAUGUCCUUUUUCCUCUUAAGUCCGAGUUUGUGAUCCUACGAGAUGAGAAAUGGGGUGGAAACAAAACCUACACAGCUUACACGGACCUGGAAAAGGACUUUGCUGCUGAGGUUGUACAUCCUGGAGACCUAAAGAACUCUGUUGAAGUCGCGCUGAACAAGUUGCUGGAUCCAAUCCGGGAAAAGUUUAAUACCCCUGCCCUGAAGAAACUGGCCAGCGCUGCCUACCCAGAUCCCUCGAAGCAGAAGCCAAUGGCCAAAGGUCCUGCCAAGAAUUCAGAACCAGAGGAGAUCAUCCCAUCCCGGCUGGAUAUCCGUGUGGGGAAAAUCAUCACUGUGGAGAAGCACCCAGAUGCAGACAGCCUAUAUGUGGAGAAGAUUGACGUGGGGGAAGCUGAACCACGGACUGUGGUGAGCGGCCUGGUACAGUUCGUGCCCAAAGAGGAACUGCAGGACAGGCUGGUAGUGGUGCUCUGCAACCUGAAACCCCAGAAGAUGAGAGGAGUCGAGUCCCAAGGCAUGCUUCUGUGUGCUUCUAUAGAAGGGAUAAACCGCCAGGUUGAACCUCUGGACCCUCCGGCAGGCUCUGCUCCUGGUGAGCGCGUGUUUGUGAAGGGCUAUGAAAAGGGCCAACCAGAUGAGGAGCUCAAGCCCAAGAAGAAAGUCUUCGAGAAGUUGCAGGCUGACUUUAAAAUUUCUGAGGAGUGCAUCGCACAGUGGAAGCAAACCAACUUCAUGACCAAGCUGGGGUCCAUUUCCUGUAAAUCGCUGAAGGGGGGGAACAUUAGCUAGCCAGCCCAGCAUCUUCCUCCCUUCUUCCACCACCGUGUCAUCUGCUCUCUGCAGUCUGCUCCAUCCAUCACCCACCUGCCCAUCUCUCAGGACAUGGAAGCAGCGGGUUUGGACUCUUUAUUCGGUGCAGAAAUCAGCAAUGGGCAGCUCACCCUCCCCGGAACCCAGGAUCAUCCUGUCUGGCUGCAGUGAGAGACCGACCCCUAACAAGGGCUGGGCCGCAGCAGGGAGUCCAGCCCUACCUUCUUCCCUUGGCAGCUGGAGAAAUCUGGUUUCAGUAUAACUCAUUUAAAAAUUUAUGCCACAGUCCUUGUAAUUGGAAAAAUACUGGUGCCCAGGUUUUCUUGGAGUUAUCCCAGCAGCUGCGCCUCUAGCUGGGAUCCAGUACCUGGACUGGGCUAAUUACAGCUUCUCCCCAACAGGAAACUGUGGGAUUUGAAAAGGAAAGGGAAGGGAAAACAGAGAACCUAGUGGUCUACCAAGUGGUUGGCAGCUUUCCCAACGUCUGCUUACACUGAGGCUUGGCACUGGGGGGCAGGGCCUGCCCCAGGGCUCUUGGAAUUUCCCUUGAUCCAGCUAGCCUGGGACAUUCCCUAAACCAGCUGCGUGUUAACAUCAGGCAGAAUGAAUGACAGGGAGUGAUUCUGUCUUCAGAGAGGGUGGGGUACUUCUCCAUAAGGCAUCUCGGUUCAAUCCCCAUCAUUGUCAUAAAUUCAAAUAAAAUGUCUGAACAAGGGUG